GGGCCGGGCCGGGCUGGGCUUGGGCUUGGGCUGGGCUGGGCUGAAACGAGCGAGCGAGCGAGCGGCUGGCGGUGGGAGAGCGGCAGGGGCACGGCGGCGGCAUGGCUUCGUCGCAAGGCAAGAACGAGCUGCGUUUCGCCGACUGGAUGGCAGCCCUGCCCGACAGCAUCCACGGCACGCCGCUCACCAACCUGGCCAUCCCAGGGUCUCAUGACUCCUUUAGCUUCUACAUUGAUGAAGCCUCUCCGGUUGGGCCUGAACAGCCAGAAACGGUCCAGAAUUUUGUGUCUGUUUUUGGGACUGUGGCUAAAAAGCUGAUGAGGAAGUGGUUGGCUACACAGACCAUGAAUUUCACCAGCCAGCUGGGGGCAGGCAUACGGUAUUUUGAUCUUAGGAUUUCCACCAAGCCAAGAGACCCAGACAACGAACUCUACUUUGCUCAUGGCUUAUUCAGUGCCAAAGUCAAGGAGGGCCUGGAAGAGAUCAAUGCAUUUCUUGCUGACCACCCAAAAGAAGUGGUCUUCUUGGACUUCAAUCAUUUCUAUGGGAUGCAGAAAUAUCAUCAUGAAAAGCUUGUCCAAAUGCUCAAGGACACGUAUGGAAACAAAAUGUGUCCUGCUAUAUUUGCCCAUGAAGUAAGCCUCCAGUACCUGUGGGAAAAGGAACACCAAGUGCUGGUUUUUUAUCACAGCCCAGUGGCUCUCGAGGUACCAUUUCUUUGGCCAGGCCAGAUGAUGCCAGCUCCAUGGGCAAACACAACAGAUCCGGAAAAACUGAUUCAGUUCCUGCAGGCAUCAAUCACUGAAAGAAGAAAGAAGGGCUCCUUUUUUAUUUCUCAAGUAGUGCUGACACCAAAGGCUAGUACAGUGGUGAAAGGGGUUGCUAGUGGUCUCAGAGAAACAAUCACAGAAAGGGCUCUCCCCGCAAUGAUGCAGUGGGUCCGAACUCAGAAACCAGGAGAAAGUGGUGUGAAUAUUAUCACUGCAGAUUUUGUAGAACUCGGUGACUUUAUCAGCACAGUCAUAAAGCUCAACUAUGCCCUGGAUGAAGGUGAAGAUGACACUACCUGAUAGUGUUCUAAUAUGUUUGUUGUUGCAUUAUUUAAAAUUGAAAAGAAAAAGAAAAAAAAAAAAAAAAGAUUGCAUUUUAAAAGAAUUAUCUUGUAAAACGCUGAUCUUCCUAUAACACCCUCUGAGGUGUUUAGGGCUUUAGUGGGUGGGCAUAAGGGAAGUGUUUUAAUCAAUUAUGAUCAUUUUUUACAUUUGUGUUUCAUGUGAAGAGCAAAGCUAACCAUGUUUACAGUGUUUGAUAAAAGAAGGCCAUUUACAUGUUUUCCAUGAGGUACCAAAUGUGAUUCAUGUGUCUUCUGUGGUUAUGAACAGUGCCAAGAAAUGUGCUUUCAGUGCAGUGGGAUGUGUGUUUCCCUUUGUCUGCCCACAGCAGGAUUCCCGAAGGUGUGAACAAUACACCAGAGGACUAAGGACAGUAUAUCUGUCCCUAAAAUUUUAAGCCGCUACACUUCAUCUGUUAGGUGAUUUAAUGGAUUCUAUUUAUCAGUGAGCUACAGAUUUAAAUGCCUUUGUGAAGUAAAUACAAAGUCAUGUCUCCAACGCACUCAUAGUUAGUGGACAGUAAACAUGAUGCAUUAUGUAGCUUGCACAAAGCACAGAUUAAAUCUUGCUUGCUUUUCAUUCUUGAAAUGGGGUUUUCCAGUGUUUUUGCCCUAAGUCAGCAGUUACAUAGUGCUGGCCUAACUCUGUACUAGGCGCUGCCAGUGUGUAUUUUCCAUGGCUUUAGCAGAAGCAAAGUUAGGCCAGCGUGGAGCACCGCUCCUUCCCAGGACUAAUCUCAUGUAGAAGUCUGAUACAACAUCCACUGAAUUUAAUAGGGAGAUUUCCUGUGUUUAUUGUGGAAUGUGCAUGGGAUCAGUAAACUGUGUGUACUAUAAGGUGGGCAGGGUUUUGUCCCAUAGCCGAAAUAGGCUUUCUGUAGGUUUAAAUCUACUCUUAGAAAAUGUAGGUGCAGUCUGAGCUUCUCUUUAGGGCAGCUGUAAACACAACGCUCCUCUGCUGAUUACAAAAAACAAAAUCAGUGCCAGUUUCAUCAGUGAAAAACUGCUGUACUAAAGAGUGUAGUAGUUCAGUAUCUGGCUAAAAACAUUAUGCUAUAGUCCCUACAUUGUUUGCAGGAAAUAAUACAGCAUAACACAAAAUUGAAAGUCUACUGAAUGGCACUGUUCUAGUAGCAGAACCUCUAUCACCCUACUUUUAAUGAAGCAUAUAAAACUCAAUUAUAUGGAACAUUCAGUGAAUUAUAGAAUAAAAGAAGAGCAUUGCAAGUGUAUGACACCAAAUUGGAUACCAUCAAUCGUAUGUCCUAGAUCCAUCAAUGCAUAUGCACACAACUUUGGAAAGCAAAACAUUUUGUUUGUGCAAACCAAUAGAUGCUUUACAAGGAAAAUUCUCUUUGAAAUGUUGCUUUAUAGGAUAAGACUAAUGUCAAGUUUCCAUUGAUAAUACCAGAACUUUCCAUUGAGUAAGAAGAGAGAAUGGCUUCAUAGGGUCUUUUGUUAUUUUCUGUCAGAUGGUAAGGGCUGCAAUGUACCAUCAGAUUUUUUUAUUUUUUUUAAAUGGUCUCAUCAAACAAGUGGGUUAUGGGGUGUUUGUUGGUUGGUUAUGUUUAUGUUUUUAUUUUUAUUUUUGGUUUUGUUUUAAUUUAUUUUUAAAAAGUGGAAUAAAAUGAACACUUGCUGCUAUUUUGUACUGAGAGGGUGCCUUGGAAAAAGUGUGUGUGUGUGUAUUGUAGAGAAACAUUUAAGUGCAUCUGUACUAUAAAGACACGUUUUAAAUGUAUGUAUAUGAUACAAAGACAUCCAUGCACACUUGCACAGUGGUGAUCUGGCUUCUGGACAGGAGUGUUACAAAUUUGCCUGAAGAAAUCUGCAGGUGUUAUGAAGUUAUGAUGCCUCCUUCUGUAGCAGAUUUUUCUGUAUGGAUUAUGACUGUAAAACUCAUCCUUAGUAAAAUCUGUGAUCUAAGCCAGUUAGUACUUCUAUAGCAUUAAAAUUUAACCCAAACUGAUCCAAAAAUUUACCAAGAGCCACAGCCCGUCUUUGCAUUGAACAAGGAAGGGGUAGGACUUGGUGCUUUCACCCAUGACUAAGCAUGAUACGGGGGUGGGUAGAUGCACUUUGUUUUCAAUCUUCACAGGCUUGCCAAACAAAAUUAAUGUAAUGGACACAUAAAAUGAAACGUGCAUGUGUUCUUGAACCCUGUGCAAUCUGAAAUCUUGUGGAUUUUGCACAGUUUGUGAAUCAGUACCUUUUCUUCUAUGUGGGAUGAAAAUGUUAGCUAAUUUAUUGGAGAUGUGAUGUGAAACGCUCUUUUCAUUCUUCUGUUUCACUGGAUUAUUUGCUUCCAGAUUCUUUCUGUUAUUCUUUAGCUACUUAAAGUAUAGUUGAAGCAUUUAAACUAUCCUUUUAAUAUGUUAAAAUAAUCUGAAUCUUUAGGUGGAACAAAAAAGAAUAGGUUUCAUCUUUUGGAUACUGACUCAAAUUCUAUUAGAUUGAGAGCACCAACACUGAGUUCCUCCUGGGACCCCUGGCUCAAACAUGCCAGACACACCAGGCUUUUUGCUUACACAAAGGUGUACUCAAAGCAAAUGUUCUGCUUAUUGAAGAAAAAGUGUGUGUAUGUGUGUGUGCGUGCCUGUAUAUAUGAAUAAAUAUAGAGCUAUAUCACAUCUUGAGCUUACUAGCAUUGUUAUGAAAUAUUUGCUUAGCAUCAGUUGUAUUCUAAUUGUCAUUUGGGUGCUGGAAAAUAAAAGCAAAGCAAAAAAAAAAAAAAAAACAAAAAAACAAUCCUCUGACAAGAAGGAUAAUAGACAAAUCACAUAGUUUCUCCAUUAAUGGGGGAAAUUGUUAAAUUUUGGUCAAAAAUUGUUUUCAUUUAGCUGUCCAUCUCCUUUAUAUUGGAGAAGCACAGCACUUUAUGAAAGGGGACAGGUAAACAAGCUUGCCUUAAUUACUAAAAUAAAAUAAAAAAAGGGGAGCAUGCUAUCCACACUUUUCUGGUGAUUUCAUAUGUGAGGCACCAAAACUUUAUUUGGACUGUCCUGAUGGGGAUACACUCCCAGUUGAUAACAAUUUGGGAGAUUUCACCAGAAAAGAACAAGCCAGAAAGGACUAUGCAACACAACUGGACCACUGUAGAGCCCCGUGUUGCCAUUCAUAUGCAGCUAGAACAUUUUGAUUUCAACCACAAAAUGCUUGCAGAAGGACUGCAGGGUUGGUUCAGACUAAUUGUCUGACCUGAUUCAUUUGGGAGGCUUCUACCCGAACCCGUGCAUUCUGGGCACUCCUGCAUGGGAAGUCAGAUGACUGUAAUCAGCCAAUCAGAAGAAAAAUACCUGUCUACACUAUUGAUCUUCAUGAACAUCUGUUUAUUCAAACUGUAAUGUCAUUCUCUGUCAAAACAUGUUUCUCUUCCUGUGAACCUUUCUCCUCUCACUACGUUCAUGUUGCACACAUGAAGCAGUAUUGCUUUUCAGCCUUUUCAUGGGAUUACUCACCCUCAUGUUCAGUUUUGCUUAAAAAAUUACACCUGCCUUGCACAACACGAGCUGAAAGGAGAGGUUUCUGGUGUAAAUCUAGGUGGCUCCUUCUUUCAGUUUGUGGAAGCUGAGGAUCUCUUUGUCCAGUGCUGACCCAGCUCAUGUUGAUGUGAACCUGUAUAGCAGCUGGUUCAUGAGCCUGAGUCCUGCCUUGUGCAAAGAGAUGUAAGGUCAGAACCAGACCAAAGGAGCCUAAUUUUAAAAUCAGUGGGCUAUCCACAUUUAUUUGAUGUUGGUUAACAUCAAAUGUUACAACAGGUUAUGUAACUAGUUUUGUAAGUUCUGCCAUUUCAAGCCAUUCUUUUAAACAUAUAUAUGUGUGUAUAUAUAUAUGCAUAUGUGUGUGAGAGAAUGUACAAUUCUGUAUGCUGGGCUAAGUCCUUCUGUCAUACUGAUACAAACCCAGACCAUUUCUAGUAACUUCAAAGCAUUUACUAACAUUUUACCCUGGGAUGAGAGGGAACAGAUAGUCAGUGUGUAGUAAGUAUAUGCUGUGUUGCAAAGGAAAUUAAAAAUGUGGAGGUCAAUUCCACAAUAUCAAAAAAGUGGAGCGCCCUGAAAACAUAGCUCCAGUGCUGUUUAUGCUGAAUAUAGUAUAUGGAGCACUAGGUAUUAGCAGCUGAGUAGACUAUUUGGUGAUUUCAAGAGUUCAGUUAACACCAUUUUAAACUUCUAAACUCCUUUUCAGUGAAGUAAAAGCUAAUAGUGUAUAUGAUGUAUUUGCCAUAUCUCAGUGGUAGCUUCUGUGUUACAUACAGUCAACAUUGUUCUGAAUCGUAUAUGUUUACCCAAUGAUGAGGUUAAAAUAUGCUGUAUAGUAUGUGCAAUGUAUUGAUUACAAGUAUGUUGGAGUUCAGUGAUCUAUUUAGUUCUUACUGUGCUGCUGUUUCGUAGGUAUGUGUGUAUAUGGGAGUAUGGAUUGUCUACAAUGUACAAGGAAAUAAUUAAUCCUAAAGGAAAAGGGCAGUUAUGUAACCUGCCUUAAUGCAUUCACAUAAUCUUGUUUAAGUCCCAUAAGUACAAGUUCUGAUUUCAGAUGUUAGUGAGGAUUGUCUGUAGGGCUGACUCCCUCACUUCUCUGCAUUAAGGAGUUAAACUUGAAGUUACCUGGAGCUCACUUACAUAUUGAGAAAUAAAAGAAUAGCAUGCUUGCACGACCUUGAUUGUACAUGCUGUCAACGAUCUGGUUUCCUAUGUGAUACAGAGCAAAUCACUUCUGUGCACACACAGCUCCUGUUGAUGCCAGCAGGAAUUGUGUUUAAGCAACUGAAGGGCCUAAAAUUCCUCUUCUGGUAUACAGUCAUGAUGCUGAGGUCGUGGUACCCUGGCUCUGUGGAAUUGCCUGAAUGCUAUGCAAUACUGCUCAUGUCCCGUGUUGAAACGUAGCUCUAAGUUUGCAGUAAGAGUUCUGAACUCUGCUCCAACCCAGGUCGGAUUGUAUAAGUCCUUACAUAAAAAGGAUGAAUGUCUGAGGCUGAGCAGCCUGGCCUGGCAUGCCCACAUACAGCAUUCUGCUUUCAGGAGCCUUGGCAGCUUAAAUUAAGAAGGUUCUAAUAAUUUCCUGGAGACUGGCAGGACCUACUACUCUUCUUGGGAAGGGGAAUAUAAAUCUGUCCAUUGCCCACAGGUAUGACUCCCUUACCAUUCCCACAGCUAGAUCUAGCUCUCCUUUCAUGUUUUCGUAUGACGCAUGCAUCUGCUUGAUGUUAAGGGUGGUGCUGAAAGACACGCAGAACAGGGAGGGAGUCUGUCUUGUGCUCCACUGGUUGGUCAGGAGAAGGCAGAGUGCUCUUGUUUGGUGUGAAGUCAGCUUCAGAAAGACCCACAUACAUGGUGACUGAGGGAAGGCAGAAGUCUGGCUGGAGACCCUCUUCUCUUAUCUCUGUCUAGCUAUAAUGCAACAUCUUCCCACUUCUCUUUGUCUCAGCUCAGCACUCCUUAUGCACUUAUGCAUCCUCACCCCUGUAACCACCAGCUGUCAGCAGCGCUGUGCACUGAGUGUUACAGGUUUGCCAUGCUGACGAUGCCAUCACAUUCACACGUUCUUACAAAGUGUUGAGUGUGGGGUUAAGAGGUGGCAGCAUCCCACAUCUUGUGGUCUAUCUCCGUACUCCAGGUGAUGCACACAUAUCCACUUAGAUGGACCUCACCUUGGCUGAUAAGUCAGUUGUAAGCUUUCUCUCUCCAAAAUAAAAACAGACUAGAAGAUAAGCCAAUGAGUACCUCCUAAGAUGGGGAUGCAGUUAGGCUUUUUUUCUGCAGUGGAAUGACCAAGACUAGUCUCUUCCCUUGGUUUUGGGUCCUGCCAAAGUCAAUUUGAUCAGAAGAGAUUCCUAUAACAGGUGAAAUGCUUGGCACUGGCAAAAUGCACAUCACUUUUGAUGUGAAGCUGGGAUCCUUAAAGCAGAAUCCUGGGCUUUAUGUGUAAUUAUCAUUACUGAAAAUAAGAAUACACUUAAAAAUACAACUUUAAAAGAAAUAGCUGGGCGUGUCAGGACAGGUUAAGUUUUUUCCUGCCUCAGUCACGAGUAUCUUUAUGAUCAUGCAAGGUGAUGAUUAGGAUGUUAUUGCCACACUGCCUCCUGACGAUGUUCAGGGUCUCUGUACAGAAGCCUUAUUAUUCCAAAUGAGCAUUAAUGCAUUUGAGAGACUUUCUCCAUUUCUGUGGGAAGGAUGAAUGUGUAACACUGAGGACAUGGAGCUCCCUGUGUGUUGUGCCCACAAAGGUUCACAGAGCUGCACCUUCUCUUUUUAGGAUCUAUUUAAUGGUACUUUGAUAAAUGUUGUGUAAAAAAUGCCUACAGUUCUGAAUAGCAAAUGUGAAUUUUUAUGAGACGAAUGUGUAUUUAAUGUAAAAAAUAAAAAUAAUAAAAAAAAAUACUACUAUAAAAUCCAGUUUCUUUGUAUCCUGUGAAACAUCUAAUAAAGCUCUGGUACCUGUA